AUGGUAUUCAGCUUUGAGCUGACAACGCUCGUUUUCAGUGCGCUAUCCUUAGUGUCUAGUGUGUGAGUAUCCUUAGUCUAUUAUUACAAUAAAGAACUGCAUCAGCAUCCAUCAGAAAUCCUUGCCUGAAUUUCAAUAUUUGAGAUUUCUAUGUGUCAUCACAGUAUCGCUUUAGCUCUAGACACAGAUUUGUCAAUAAACGGAGAAGGCCCGCAUAUCGUGCUGCAAAUCCUCAGUCUGUAUUCAAUAGAUGAAGAAACAGCAAGGGGUAUUACAUGUGCGAUCAAUCAAACGCUGUUCUGUGGUGCGGUCACUGCAGUCAUGUCUUAUAACCUGUUUCUUUGCAUAGAUCUCAUUAUUCUUUUCUAAAUAAUGAUAAAAAUUUACCUUGAUUAUAGGGUUAUUAUAUAUAAAAAAAUAGGUUUUUUGGCUGUUUUUGUAUAAAAAUAUAUCAAGUAAGGUAGUUUAUUACAUUAAGAAACCCUUUAAUUACAGGCAGAUCAAGGAUGAAGUAUUAUCAUAUUUUUGGGUUUUUGCUAAUGAUUGCUCAGAUGAUUUAUAAUGCCGUUGAAAACUCAGAAACCAGGGAGUGCCGCAUGAGCAUGACAGACUACUAUAUAGAGCUAUGAAACUAUGGCUGACUAGCAACUAUUUAUGGGGCGUAUUUAUUAGCAGCCGCAGUAUCUUUGGUGUACUCGUGAGUAAGAAUUGCGAUGGAUUAUACCUCACUGCAUGGAGGUGCCAAGGAGUAUUUCCGGAGGCACAUUUCUUAUAUCAUCAUUUUUACCUUUGUAUGAUCUUUUGCAAUGGUAAAUUUCUUUGAUAAAAGCACUGGUUUGGCCCAGCAAUUUGGAAUUAUGCUUAUUUAUGUGUUUUUUUAUAUAUUUUUACUACAAAUUAAUAAUUAUUUUAAUAAAAAUAAGGCUUUAUAUUAUAAAAUAAGCUGUUCAGCUUAUCUAAAUAAACAUAUUUUAGUCUGUUCUUCUGGAUUUAUAUUGGCAUUCGUCAGAAAUGGCGAACCCUUAUUUUGGAAUGUCUCCAAAAGGUGCAUAAAACAAAGGCAGCUCAGGCAUGAUGCUCCCUCAAAUUAUAUCGAGCUUUACUGUGAUAUGUGAAAUAUUCCUAUCUCGCAAAUGAUGCAGAAAAACUUAGGCUCCCAAACCACUUAUUGCUUGCUCUAUGGGAUUUAUGAAGCUUUAAGGCGAUCUCAAGAGGUGGAUGAAGCUUUCACCUAUGAUACAUUUAAUGAUGAAAAUUAUAAAAAUGUGAUACCUCAUAAAAUUUCUGAUAGAAAUCUAAGUCAUGAGCUUUAUGGGCUGAGGAUCGCAACCUCUCCUUAUUUCCUCGUUGAGGAAUAUGCACCAAAGGUGUUUCAACAUUUAAGACAGCUCGACCAAUUAACUGCAGAAUCAACUAAAAAUUCAAUAAAUCCACAAAAUAAUAAAUCAACAUUAUUUUCUGUUCAUAGUGCACAAGGAGGUUCUGGGAGCUUAUUUAUUUUUACCGAGGAUGGGAAAUUCGUAAUAAAAACUAUAAGAAAAGCCGAAAGAAAAACCCUGGUAAAAAAUCUGCUCAAAGCAUACCAUAAGCAUAUAUAUUUUAACAGAGGAUCUUUUUUAUGUAGGAUUUACGGAGUUUAUACAGUCAGAGUCCCUGGGCUCGCACCAUUAGAGCUGCUUUUAAUCGAAAACCUAAAAAGGCCUGACAUGAUUAGAUUUUAUGACCUAAAAGGCUCAACCCACAAAAGAUCAGCCAGCAAAAAAUUUGACGAAGCUUUUAUUGGCCCUUUUAAGGACCGAGAUUUUUUGCUGGAAAAUCGAAAAAUUGAGGUUUCUUCGAGACACAGGAAACACUUAUUGAAUGAGAUCUUAAAAGAUGCGAGUUUAUUAAUGAAGCAUCAAAUUAUGGAUUAUUCAAUAUUAUUACAAGUGUUUAGGAAGGAACAAAAUGACUCGUUUUCUAGUGACAGAGAGUUUGAAUGGUAUACAUUUGCAAUUAUUGACUAUUUGAAUCAGUAUACGUUUAAAAAGAAAGUUGAGUAUUAUAUCAGGUAUAUUCAGCUCGGAAAACACAUAAAAACAAUAUCAGUGAGGCAGCCCGUUAAAUAUUUCAGGAGGUUUUUUAACUUUCUUACUCCCUCCAUGAACGAACGAAACCAUUGGAAAAAUCCCUAAUUUUGCACAGAACCCACUCUCAGUGAGCGGACAAACAAUUUUUAUGAAAAAAUUUUGAUAUAUAAGUGACAAUAAUCAUCAUGAAAUCUCUAUCUCUAAUUCUGUUUAUUUUAAAUAAAUUGCAUUUUAAAACAUAAAUUUUCCAAAUUAAAUAAAUAUUUGCUUUUGCGAAAAAAUACUAACCCAGAGGAAAAACGAUAUAUAUGAACUGUAA